AUGGCAACAUACACCUCAGUCAUGCGGUUCAUUGAACCGUGGUCCCAGAACAAGGGAGUACCCUUCAUCAGGACCAAUGCACCCCCGGGAUACGACUACAUGAACUUCGAAUGGGUCGACUGUCCAGUUCAGAUUACGGAUGCACGGCCGACAAAGGACAGCUUCACCCUUGACCAGCAUGGAUUCACCUACAGGGACGACCCGGCAGGUGCAACGCCGGAGAUACUGCAGCUUCUCCGCGACAACAACGACGCAGAGAAAAUCCGCAAGGUGUACUAUUCCCACAUCGAGCAGCUCGUCAAGAGGGAGACGGGCGCCUCCCGGGUGAUCAUCUUUGACCAUACCUCGCGCAAACGACGUCCAGAAUUGGGCACGUAUGAGAAUCCGACAGGAAAGGAGCAACCAGCAACUAUGGUGCACUGUGACCAAUCGACAAAAGGCGCUCUCCGCCGAUUGCAGCAGAACGUCCCCGAUCAUAUCGAGGUCCUCAAGAACCGGGUGAUGAUGAUCAAUAUCUGGCGCCCUCUCCGCGGCCCCGUAGAGGAUUGGCCCCUCGCCACCAUGGACUAUCGCACUUGUGAUCCAAACCUGAUCUAUCCGACGGAUUUGCUUGACAAAGCCGACGACUAUCGCGGCCAGACGGUCACAUUUGGCCACGCGGAUGAGCAGCGGUGGUACUACUUGGACCAUCAACGGCCGGAUGAGGUGACCAUGAUUAAGAUCUGGGAUAAUCAGGAGGGAGUUGAAGCUAAGCACGGGCACAAUGACUUUCCAAUCUGGAUCCGAGCGUUCUACCAGAAUCACAUCUAUCAGGAAAACUUCACGUACGAUGGCCCACUCGUCGGACAGGUGGACUUUCCCCGUCUUGCUCAGGGCCGUUUGCGAGGCCAAUUCUGGAGUGUUUAUGUGGAAUGCCCAAAAAUAGCCAAUGAGUAUUCUGACGAGUCGUAUUUUGAGAUACAACGAGACACACUGCAACAGAUUGACCUGGUUAAUCGGCUAGUCCGCGCUGAGUCCGAUAUGCUGGCACUGGUCCACUCCAGCACGGACGUAUGGGAGACAUUCAGCAAUCAGCCGACCCGUAUCGCCAGCGUCAUGGGCAUCGAAGGCCUCCACCAGAUCGCCAACAGUGCCAGCAUUCUCCGUCUAUACCACAGAUUAGGCGUGCGAUAUGCCACACUGACACAUGAAUGCCACAACGCUUUCGCCGACAGCGCCACCCCGGCCCGACCACUCCACAACGGACUGUCUGAGGCAGGACGCAUACUAGUCGGUGAGAUGAACCGCCUGGGAAUGAUCGUGGAUCUGGCGCACGUCAGCUACGAGACGAUGCUCGCCGCCCUGGACGUGACAACUGCACCUGUCAUCUUCUCGCAUUCCUCCGCCUACGCGUUAUGCCCACAUGAGCGGAAUGUACCGGACAACAUACUCUGGAAACUGAAAAGGAACAAUGGAGUUGUCAUGGUGAGCUUCUACCCGUCCUACACGCGGUGCGACGAUCCGGACCGCGCCACCAUUGAGGAUGUCGCCGAUCAUAUCCAGUACAUUGGCGAGUUGAUCGGCUACCGGCAUGUCGGACUGGGGUCGGAUUUUGAUGGAAUGCCGGCGCGCAUCAGGGGGCUCGAAGAUGUCAGCAAGUAUCCAGAUCUCAUCAGUCUCCUGCUCCGUCGGGGAGUGGGAGUAAAGGAGCUGGCUGGAGUGAUUGGGGGCAAUAUUCUGCGGGUUUUACGGGCCGUGGAGGACGAGGCUGCAUCACGGGCUGACGAAUUGCCUCUCGAGGAUGAUGUGAAGCCAUUCUUCUCUUAG